AGGGGUGCGGCUGCUCCCCACUAGCUGCGCUGCCACCUUUGCAGGGCUGCUGCCCCCCUGCACCGUGCCAGCUCCUCCAUGGCUGGGGCUCGCUGCCGCCACAAGCGGGAUGCUCUGGCUCUCCGAUGCCUCCGGAAGGAGGCUCCUCCCUGCUGAGCUGCUGCAGCAGCCCAAACCCAGCAAACCCACUUUUGUCCGGAAAGAUGCCCUGCCCUCGGUUACCUUCUCCAAAUACACCUGGCACAUUACCAACAUCCUGCAGGUCAAGCAAAUAUUUGACACUCCUGAGAUGCCCUUGGAAAUCACACGCAGCUUCAUCCAGAACCGGGAUGGGACCUAUGAGCUGUUUAAGUGCCCGAAGGUUGAAGUGGAGAGCAUCGCGGAGACGUACGAGUGCCUGGACAAGCAGCCGAUUCUCUGGCCCUUGGAACUCAAAACCUUCCUCAAAGUUGGAACAACGCGGUGGAGAAACACGAGGCCAGACCGCUGGGCCAUGAUUUGUUUGAGACUCCGGCCCCUGGCCAGGAGAACCCAAAUGAAUCAAAGGUCUGUGUGGAGACGAGGCACAGCAGCUGAGCGAUGGUUCUUCAGAGGACUUGGAGGUUUUGGACACCGACAGCUCCGAAGGACCGAGCGGUUUGGGCCCAAUCUGUUUUUGGCCAGUCACAAAAUCAGAUGCUCCACAGAAUGCCGAAACAGCAGGGGACGCUUAUUCUAUAGGCCUAUACUAUCUAAAGUUGAGGGAGAAAUUUGGUAUUAAGCUGGUGCGAGUUCAUAACCGUAAAACAGUGAUGCAUGCAAUUGUGUGAGCGGCGGUGCACGGAAUCAUCAAGCACUGCCUGAGAGAGAAACAAAAUGAGGAUUGUCCUGGGUGUGCCAUAAAUGCCCCCGGUCAGAAGCAUCAUGCCUGCAUGUACUGGUCUUUAGAUGGUGUGAAUUGUAAAAUUAAAGAAAUUAGCGGUAGUUUGUGUAUGGAGAGUGUGGUAAAUAUCAUUAUCACGCUGGAAUACAUGCUGCAGUGCCUCUGUUUAACCCAGGAACAUUUAGCUGUAGGGGCAGAAUUGGUAGACAAAGUGACAGAGGCUGAGGACCCAAAUAGCAUUUUAGAUGAAAUCAUCAAACUGACAGAUAAAUGUUUAAUGCAAAAUGUUAAACAUCUCAAAUUACAAAAUCUUGCUCAGAAAAAACACUAACAGUUUGAGCGUGUUUUGGGAACAAAACAGGCCAUAUGUAAACUCCCUUCAGUUACCAGUUUUCAUAUUCUUACCCAGUUGUUGUUUUGGUACUUUAAAAAAAACACUAUUUUUAAAAGAACAGACUAGUAUCUUAAGCCUUUUUAGUUCACUAAACUUCUACAAAAUAUCCCUAAGAGGGGCCUUGUUUUGUUACAGCUCAGGCAAUACUGCUUUUUCAUAAUAAAUUAAAAAACAAAACAAAACAAUGCUUCAAAUAGGCCUCACUGCAUACAGAAUAUCCUUUAAAAAGGUCGUGUUAUGUUACAUCUCAGUCAAUUCUGUAUUUUCGUGUUAAAUGUUAAAAACCUUUAUAUAAUGAAACACUGCAUGUUUAGCAAGUGUUAAAAGUAUGGGGGGGAAGUCAAGGGGUGAGGGUAUUCUUCAGAUAGGCUAUCUCUAAGCUUCAUGCAGUCACAAAGCGGUGGUUUUUGUCUUUUACAAUCAGUAAAUGGAAUAAAAUACUUGGUAUAACUUUCAUAAAGUAUCUUUCAAUGCAAUCUCGCCAUUUUUUAAAACUUUAACAACGUUUUAAAAGUUAGGAAAGAAGUCUGUGUAAAAAAACAAGCAAACUGGAGGAGUGACCCCUAGAGCAGUGGUUUCCAAACUUUAAGAACCCGUGAACCCCUUUCGCGAAAAUAUCAAAUCUCGCUAACCCCCUCCUAAGUAUUUCCAGUGAUUUUCUCCCUUACCUGAGCAUAAAUUAUAGAAGCAGUGAUCUUGGAAAUAAUUUGUUUUUUUUAUAACACGCUUAUUACACACUAUUUAUUAUUACAUUAUUAUUUAUCAUUACAUUAUUUAUUUUAUUACAUUAUGAAAAUGGCAACACUUUUCCAAGAUUUCACUUUUGUAGCUCCUAUCACUUCGAUUAAGCCUCCUACAUGUUUCAUCAAGGAGUACCAGAUGUGAAACAGCAUGAAGGUAUUUAAGAAGCCAACUCAAUUAAAGAGUUCCUCCCACAAGCAUUCGGGUCUUGAGCAGUCCAGGCAAACAAAAAGAGCUUAAACUUAUUCUGCCAGGAAGUCAUGGUCCCGGGACUCGGGCUGCUGGCCCCUGUGCCCAGAGACCCUAGGGAUGGCUCUGUCCGCCAUUACAGAAUUUUUUUUCCUGAGAACCCUCUGAUAGAUUUUGCGAACCCCCAAGGGUUCACAAACCCCAGUUUGGGAACCUCUGCCCUAGAGCCUUGCUAAGGCAGACUACAGUGCAUGAAGAACUGGCUAGCCUAAUUAGUCUUAUCUGUGUUUAAAAUGUAAAGAAAGCUCCAGCUCCAGCCUGUGUUGUAUUAUUUUAAUAAAAAUCUAUGGACCCAAAACACACACAGGAGCUUGUACCUGAGUCUCAGUGCAUGAGUUGCAAACAUUUAAAAACAAAGACAUUCUAAUAAUGCAACAAAAAAUUCAUACUUAAAUCUAAAAGCCCUAGGGAAAUAAAAGCUUACUAUAACUUUCACAUGGAUUUGUUAAAACAUGGGGAGGAAAAUAAACUUCUCUCUAAUCCACUGGAUUACAAAAUAAGGGGGAUAUAAACUAGCUAUUACGGUUCUGUGGUUUUCACUCUGGUGUGUUUUCUGCAUGAUCUCUUUUUUUAAUUGAACACACGUAAAAAUGUUAAA